AUGACUUCUAGAUGCCUCAGAUUCCUGAAUGCAUCUGCAAACAAACUGGAAAGCCUUCCUCCAGCCACGCUUUCUGAAGAGACAAGCAGUAUCUUACAGGAGUUGUAUUUGACAAAUAACAACCUCACCGAUAAAUGUGUGCCCUUAUUAACAGGACACCCCCAUCUGAAGAUCCUUCACAUGGCCUAUAACCGACUCCAGAGUUUUCCAGCAAGUAAAAUGGCAAAACUGGAGGAGCUUGAAGAAGUUGAUAUCAGUGGGAACAAGCUGAAAGCCAUCCCAACAACGGUCAUAAACUGCAGGCGCAUGCAUACGGUGAUUGCUCACUCUAAUUGCCUUGAAGUCUUUCCGGAAGUUAUGCAGCUCCCAGAAAUCAAGUGUGUGGAUCUGAGCUGUAAUGAGCUAAGCGAAGUUACCUUACCUGAAAGCCUGCCUCCCAAACUGCAGGAGCUAGACCUGACUGGAAACCCUCGCCUCACCCUCGAUCACAAAACCCUGGAACUGCUCAAUAAUAUCCGCUGCUUCAAGAUCGAUCAGCCUUCAGCAGCUGAUGCAUCUGGAGCCCCAGCAGUGUGGAGCCAUGGUUACACUGAAGCUUCAGGAGUGAAAAACAAGUUGUGUGUUGCAGCCCUGUCUGUGAAUAACUUCCGUGACAACCGAGAGGCCCUGUAUGGUGUAUUUGAUGGGGAUCGGAAUGUGGAGGUACCCUAUCUUCUCCAGUGUACCAUGAGUGACAUUUUGGCUGAAGAAUUGCAGAAAACAAAAAACGAGGAAGAAUACAUGGUCAACACAUUCAUAGUAAUGCAAAGGAAACUUGGAACUGCUGGGCAGAAACUUGGAGGUGCUGCUGUCCUUUGUCAUAUCAAGCAUGACCCUGUUGACCCAGGAGGGUCCUUUACCUUGACUUCUGCUAAUGUGGGCAAGUGCCAAACUGUUCUCUGUAGAAAUGGGAAGCCAUUGCCUCUGUCCAGAUCUUACGUCAUGAGCUGUGAAGAAGAGCUGAAGAGAAUUAAGCAGCACAAGGCCAUUGUCACCGAGGACGGCAAGGUGAAUGGAGUGACAGAAUCCACACGCAUCUUGGGCUACACCUUCCUCCAUCCCAGUGUGGUCCCUCGCCCCCAUGUGCAGUCUGUCCUCCUCACCCCACAGGAUGAGUUCUUCAUCCUGGGUAGUAAGGGGCUGUGGGACAGCUUGUCCAUUGGGGAGGCUGUGGAGGCUGUGCGCAACGUGCCCGAUGCCCGAGCUGCUGCCAAGAAGCUCUGCACCCUAGCCCAGAGCUACGGCUGCCAUGACAGCAUCAGCGCCGUGGUGGUUCAGCUCAGCGUCACGGAGGACAGCUUCUGCUGCUGUGAGCUCAGUGCCAGCAGCAGUGUGCCACCACCCAGCCCAGGCAUCUUCUCUCCCUCCGUCAACAUGGUGAUCAAAGACCGGCCUUCUGAUGGGCUAGGCGUGCCAUCCUCCAGCAGCGGUAUGGCAUCAGAGAUCAGCAGUGAGCUGUCCACCUCGGAGAUGAGCAGUGAGGUGGGGUCCACAGCCUCAGACGAGCCCCCGUCUUCUGGAGCCCUAAAUGAGAGCAGCCCCGCCUACCCCAGCGAGCAGCGAUGCAUGCUCCACCCAGUCUCCCUCUCCAACUCCUUCCAACGCCAGCUGUCCAGCGCCACUUUCUCCAGCGCCUUCUCUGACAAUGGCCUUGACAGUGACGACGAAGAACCCAUUGAGGGCGUCUUCAGCAAUGGCAGCCGUGUGGAGGUGGAAGUGGACAUCCACUGCAGCAGGGCCAAGGAGAAGGAGAGACAGCAGCACCUGCUCCAAGUGCCAGCCGAGGCCAGCGACGAGGGCAUUGUCAUCAGUGCCAAUGAGGACGAGCCAGGUCUGCCCAGGAAGGCAGACUUCCUGGGGACUAUCGGGCGCCGCAGGGUGAAUGGCUCUGUGGCACCCCAGGAAAGAAGCCACAAUGUGAUAGAGGUUGCCACAGAUGCCCCGCUUCGAAAGCCUGGAGGCUAUUUUGCUGCCCCAGCUCAGCCUGAUCCUGAUGAUCAGUUUAUCAUCCCCCCAGAGCUAGAAGAGGAAGUCAAAGAAAUGAUGAAGCACCACCAAGAGCAGCAGCAGCCGUCACCACCACCUCAGCCACAGCAGCCACCGCCACAGCGGCAAUUCCACACGGACCAGCUGCCCGACUAUUACGACACACCAUUAUGACCUAGUCCGAGCACUGCUCUAUAAAAAUAAACUAACCCAGAAAGACUGAGCAGUCUCCUAGGCUCACGUUAACCAGGGGUUCUACUCCACAUCCUCCCAAACACUGCCCCACUGUCUCUGCAGCUAAUCUGUAGGCUCUUUCUGUUGGUUAUUUUUUUUAAAAAAAUAAUUACCACUUUUCUUCUAGUGAUGCUUUAUGAAUAUGAUUUAAAUUUGUUAACUUUUUUUCCCCUAACAUAUCAGAUGUGUAAAGACAAAGAACAAAAGGUUUAAUAUAUUACAGAGAAACAGUUAAUGAUAAUGUAAUAUUUUUUAAAAUGGCUUUUUGUUGUCUUGUUUGUUUGGAGGGCAGGCCAGCUUGCCUUUGCUAAAUGAUUUAAUAAUAUUGUGAUACUGUAUUUCUUGGUGGGGCGGGGUGGGGGGGCUUUUUUUGUCUUGAAAAUGAUAGACAUUUGUAGAAUAUGGAGACUAACUCCUAGGAGUUGCUUUACUCUGUCAGGUGACUUAAGUCACUGGGACUCACUAAUUUUCUCUGAGAGAACAGUUGAUUGAGAAAUUUCUAUUGUAAAUAGCUCAGUGUUAUAUAGUGAUGCUUCAAAUGUUUUGUAGUCUUGGUGUAAGGACGCAGCCUAAAUUACUGACUUCUCUUCUUGUCCCUCUGGGAAGCCCUCCCUGCUCUGUCCCCACACCUAGCUCACCUUCAGCUGAGGCUUUGGCAAACCCAUUUUUGUUUGGAUAAGACAAGGCAGCUCUGAGGACACUGGGCAAGAUCCUGCCUGGGCCCUGGAACCUGUUUCCUUUCUCCCUGAGCCACGCCUCUUGACCUUUGCAGACACUUUUUAAUUGUGUUCCUUACUGCUGCCACAAUCAGCAUGACUGUAUAGAGACCAGUAGACCAUUUACAUACCCAGAGUCAUAUUAAAGCAGAAUGCACAAAUGGACAUGUCAUCAUUUUUGUUAUAAAUAAACAUGAAAUUUACAA